UGUGACCCGGGAGUUGCUACAGACGCCUUUUAUGACUUCAUCUACCGGAAGUCGAAAGAGACCCGCCUCAUGAUGGUGAUGGGAAGCGCGUGCGGCGAGGUCACCAAAACUAUCGCGGAAAUUGUGCCUUAUUGGAAUCUGUUGCUGAUUUCGUAUGCAGCCACAUCUCCGGCACUUAGCGAGCGAGAAAAAUACCGGACCUUUUUCCGUCUGGCGCUCGGCGACUCGGCCCUCAAUCCUGCUCGGCGCAUGUUAAUCAAGCACUUCGGCUGGGACAAGGUCGCGGCCUUGCACGAGGACUUGGAGUCCAUGUCUCUGGCAUUCAAUGGAAUCAGCAAGGAUUUCUCAGCCCAUGGAAUCGUCAUCAAAUUUUCCACUUCCUUUAAAGAUCCGACCGUGGAACUACCAGGUCAACUGAAGGACAUUAAGGAUCUGGACGCCAGAAUCAUCAUGGUUGGCCUCACCGAGACCGCAGCGAGGCAAGUGUUCUGUGAGGCAUACACACAAGGCAUGUAUGGAUCCCGCUACGUGUGGAUCCUUGUCGGGGGUCACAAACGCCAGUGGUGGAACGAUGCGCGCCAGGAUGGGGUCCAAUGUUCUCAGAGCCAGCUAGCAGCUGCUGUAGAGGGGGCCUUCACUGUGGUGGAUUUUAAUGGUUUACCAGAGGGCAGCAAACUUGUGGGCAACUCGACGAGCAAAGACUUUCUAGAGGCUUAUUUCCGCGCCAACGGCAGUCAGCCGAUGAGCUCCUAUGCUACAUCCUCCUACGACACAGUCUGGACGAUUGCCAAUACAAUCAGGUCGGUCCUUAUUUGGGAAAAGAAUGGAACAGCCCCGCUGUUACAUCAACUGUGUUAUGAGGACAUGGUUGCGGUAAAUGAGAUGUUCAUCGACACAAUGGAAGACCUAGAGUUUCUAGGAGUGUCCGGUCCGGUCUCUUUCAAAGGCUCAGACAGAGAGGGUAUUGGCAUCGUGUACCAGAUACAAGGAGGCAACUUCAGCCAGGUGGCCCUCUACCAACCGUCCAGCACCAGCCUGGACUUCCAGUGCGACACCUGCAGCCAGGUGUUGUGGCAAGGAGGGAAAGUGCCCAGGGAUGAGCAGGUCAUUGUUCUACGACUGAAGACAGUCGAGAAAUACGUGUUCUACGUCAGCACCUGUCUGUGUAUCGGUGGGGUUAUCUUGGCGGCCAUCUUCUUGACCUAUAACCUGUAUCAUGGCCGACUGAAGUUCAUCAAACUGUCCAGCCCUAAGCUCAACAACGUGGCCGUGAUUGGUUGCAUGCUGGUCUACACAACAGUUGUCAUGAUGGGAUUGGAUGACGCCAUCCUCACUGAUGACGCGUUUCCUGUCGUGUGCUCGGGUCGAGCCUUUCUACUGGCCGCUGGCUUCUCCCUGGCAUUUGGCGCCAUGUUUGCCAAGACAUUCAGAGUUCAUCAAAUCUUUACACGCACCCACCACGGGCUUCUGAUCCAGGACACCCAGUUGCUGGUGAUCAUCGGGGUGCUCCUGGCCGUGGAUUCUGUCCUGGUCUCUGCCUGGGUCAUCGUGGAUCCCAUGGGUCGACAGGUCACCAAUAUCACCAGAGAGAAGUGGUUGGCUGCCUUUUAUGUCUACAAGGGCCGUGCUGCUGAUUUUCGGUGUCUACAUGGGCCCCCCCCUGGGAGACGAAGGCACGUGAAGAUCCCGGCACUAAACGACUCCCCGUUUUUCUUCUCUCCAGGGCUGAACGUGUACAACGUGGUCAUUAUGUCGGUCAGUGUGGUGGUCAUCUCCAACAUCUUGUCCAGCCAGCCAACCCUGGUCUACGCCAUGGAGGCAGCCUUCAUCCUGCUGUCCACUACAGUUACGCUCUGUUUGCUGUUUGUGCCCAAG